CACUCCGCCACGCCUAAGGAAGCCUCGUAGCGUGAACUAGAUGGCUUGCGUCCGCGAUGACUGAGUAUUUACCGUAGCUAAAUGGAAGGAAAAAGAAACUGACUGCUGUGUCUAGCGAUGACCUUAGCAACUGAGACUUUCGUUUCUCUUCUGUUGACUCUACAUGUAAUCUGUUGCGAGGGGCUAAAAUAUGUAGAUCUUUCUUACGAUGUCAGUGAAGAGUCUGCUCACCGGCCCUCAGUUCCUCCUUUCUCGCGGCAGGUUGUGGCCAGAGGCUACACGAGAGAUGGAUAUUGGAAUGAGCAUUACAAUUUCUGCAUGCACGAGCAAACGAGCACUCACCUGGACGCCCCUUGCCAUUUGGCAGAGGGGAAGUGGUCCCUUCACCAGAUUCCCCUCAACCACCUAAUGGGGCCAGGAGUGGUUAUAGACAUGCGAGAUAAAGUUGCGGUCGACCCCAACGCAGAAUUAUCGACCGACGACUUUAUGACCUGGCUUGAGGAACAUGGCCCUCUCCCUGACGGAGUUAUCAUUUUUAUUCGCACCGGGUGGUCAUCCAAGUACGAAAAAAUUGAAGAAUAUUUUGGAACAAAAGCAACGAACAGAAGUUAUUUCAACUUUCCUGGCCUAAGCGUGGGAGCUGCCCAGCUCAUAGUCAGCCACGAAGCAGCCACUGGCAGGAGGGUCUUUGCCGUCGGGACAGACGCCCCUUCCAUCGACCACGGCCCUUCCGAAGACUUCAAAGCCCACCAAUCGUUGUUCGAAGCCAAUAUUUAUGGAAUCCAAGCCGUGGCGAAUUUGGAUAAACUACCAACAAAAGGGUUUGACGUCAUCGUAAUGCCAAUGAAGAUACGGGGAGGCUGUGGCGCACCUGUGAGGCUUUUAGCCUCUUUGCCUAAAGCCAAUGGAAUGUCAUCUUCGACUGUAGCAACCUUCGGCAGCCAGAUCCUGCUGGCGUUAAUACUGGUGAUACUAAAUGGAAGUUAAUGCGAUACGUUUAAGGCUAUAGGGUCUCUCUCGAGAUGUAAGAAGAUAUGGUGAGUUACCAUGCUGGUUGUAAGGAGGAUGGCUGUGCUUAAUGAUGUCACAUGGCUCGGUUAGGAGCGAGCGUUUAGGUACGAGUAUACGACUCACCUGCGGCAUUUUUAGAUCAUAGCAUUGUUUUUGUUACUUUUAUAAUAAUUUCUUCAUAGACUUACAUAAAAUACUAACUGAACAUUGGAAAUGGAAAUCAAAAGAAAAGGCACAGAAAAUAUAACAUAAAAUGUAUCAAUAAUUCAUUGAACACUCCCUUAUUACUGGCUUUAUUCUAUCAAAUGUUUAUCAAAAAUUACUUCACUAUCUUUUUCAUUACCUUAACUUUGCAAUAUUUUUUACCCUUUUUAGUUGAAUAUAUUCUUUCUAAAAUAAAUCCUGCAUCUAGAAAAAAAGUAACUAAUUACAUCCUCCGGAGCAUCAACAUUUUUUUCCUUGAAAAUAUCGAGAAGACUGGGUACUGACAUAACUCCAAACGGCAAAUUCCUGAGAAGUAUACUAGUAUUGUCCCAGUCCCGAAUAUGCUCCCAUGCCAAUUUGGGUGUGGGAAACCUAAUGAGAUUAUUUUCAAGAAGUCUCUAUAGCUAGUUUUUAAGAUAUGGAGUCCCUCUUUUUUUUUUUCCAGGGAAGGUCUUAGUACUCAGUUACAGCUUGGGAAUAUGCCUCCCGGCUUCAUCGUUUAUCCAUGUAAAGUUUUGAAUAACUCCUCCAUACGUCACAGAUCAUUUUGAAAUUCUACAGGUCUAUAUAACAUUCCCUCUUUACAUUUGAGAUUUAAUCCUCACUUAUUCCACCUAGUAUACCACCUGAACCUAAACAUGGGUACUUAUUCCUAAACUUUUGUGCUAUGAAAACUCCAAAAUAAAUUAAAGACUCAUAUUCUAUCGUAGAUUCUGGUUCUCUCUCCAUUAAAUUUCCCAUGAUUCUUCCUCAUUUUUAAUCUCACCAUUUACAGGUAGAUGUUUCAUGAGAUAUUCGAAA